AUGGUCUUGGAUGGAAACCUUCUAAAGGAAAAGUUAGUCGAAGCUUGGAAACUACGCUCGAAUGAUCGAAGUUUCUCUGCUUCACUCGCACCACUCAUUGCUGAAAGUCAAUCGGAAGAAGAAUUUCGGACGAUUUUCACCACUGAGAUUCUCAAUCACAUCCAUUCCGCAAUAUCCUCUAACCUUCUCGAGUCCUAUUUCAAAUUUCAUACACGAUCCGGUUAUAUAGACGAAGCGUUAGUUAUCCAACGUCUUUGCUCUUUAACGCCAACACGACGAACCGAUGACGUUCAAAUCAAAUUUCUAAUCGAACUAUUGAGAGAAACACUGAAAACACUUCAUAUUACUGCUGAACACGCCGUUCGUCUCGGUAAACAGUUGAAUUUGUUAACAAAAUGGUUCUGCUCCGCCUUGACUUUUUAUUCCAACGAACAAAUUGAGACGAAAGACGAAGAAAUUCUCCUGUCAAUUUGUGAUCUGUUUCUUUUCAUCUUUACACACGCGACGUUUUAUUGUUUGUGGUUAAUGACGAUCAAAGCACAACGUGAACAGAAAGAAUGGAAACAAAACCAGGAACAAGUUGGACAAGCAUUAAAAAGGAUUAUUCUCCAAGAAUCACAUCACAAAAAUAUUUACGAACAAGUUUUCUUUAAGAUAAAUCGUCUUCAUCUAUCGGAGGAAUUUCAUCAAGAAGACAUCGAAUUCAGUGUUUCAUUAUUCAGUCCAAUUGUGUGUUUACUUGUUAUUAACAAACUUCACAAAUGCUCGUCCACUUUUCUCACUAUUCUUCGUUUCUACGAACAUGUCUCGACAACAUUGAACCCUCAUUCCACCUAUCUUCGAUUUCUUCAAGCAUCAUUCGGCGGAUAUCUCGCCUCAGUGUCAAGUAAUAACAGUGAAUAUCAGCAACGUUGGUCGGCAUAUGUUCACUUUCAAUUGCCGCGGAUUUUCGCGUCGUGUUUGGAAAGUCAAUUCGAUGCCGUGAAACAUUCAUUAGAAACGUUUUUGUUAUAUAAUGAAUAUUUGUUGAAUCGGAUGGAUGAAAUGUGCGUGGAAAAUACUUUCGAACACUUUGUUCAAAAUGUAUUGACUUACGUCAAUGACAAUGUUCGGAUGAAGAAUGAAGACAAUAUUAAUCAAUUACUUGCCUACAUUCAACGGAUUCGACAACCAUAUAAUGAACAUAUUCAGAAAUUUUAUCAAAACCAUCAAUCACGUUCGUAUACGUUUCAAAUUCUUCAGUUACAACGCUCGUUAGAAAAAUCUCUUCAUCAUAUAUUUUCUACGCCGGACGAUCCACAACAUCUGGAUAUUUUGAUAAACAAUCUCACUGAUUUCAUUCCCUUGAUAUGUGCACUUGAUCAGUAUUACAAUUUCAUUGAUCUUUUACUCUCCUAUACCAAAACACGUUUUGAUCUUGCUUUACUCUUACUUUGUUAUGUUACAUCGAUCACCGAUGAUACAUCCGAAGAUUUUGGUCAGAUAGAAAUCACUGCAGACCGUUCAUCACCAAUAUUUAUUGUUUAUAUAUGGUUGAAAAAGUAUUGGCUAUCCAGAUACGUUGGUCACGCAUUGUUUGGAUCAACAUUGAGCUCCACUGAUCUGUUGUCAACGAUGAAUAAUUCAUUUGAUGAGAAAUCGAAAGUACAAAAAGAAGAAUUCGCCACGGAUGUUCAAUGUUUUAAUCCGGAAAAUUUUGCAAUCAAAUAUUCAAAUACAGAAUAUUUAUCCAAAACUGUACUUUUCCUUGGAGAUCUUCAAUCAUUAUCCUUAGAUGAAACCAAACAAGUCGUCUCACAAUUAAUUAACUAUUUAACUCAUGUUUCAUAUGGAACACUUGUACAUGUCCUUCUUUGGCUUGUUGCCAAUUAUCAAAUAGCGAGCGAUAACGAAAGAUCUUGGAUUCAAAACACUAUUAAUACAAUGGGAACAGAAACAACGGAUUCGACUUCAAUGAUAUGCUCGUUAUUUGAUGCGAUUAAACGUCAACUUUGGUCAGAUUUUAUCGAUAAUCCUCUCAUUUCAUAUUAUUCCACCAUUGUACCUGUUUCAUCUUCGAAUCUUAACUAUUUAGUUUCAUCUUCUAUUCAAACUUCAACAUCCUUAAUUCAAUCUCUAUUUGACAUAUAUCUUCUCAACGAAUUUCUCAAUUGUGACCAAUCACGUGCAUUGUAUAUCUGUACGAAAUAUAUCCCAAUGAAUAUUCUCAUCGAUCGUUUAAUUAUCAAUAUGAACAUGUCCAAUGGAAUCUACGAAACUAAACGUGGACUUCAUUUUAUAUUCGGCUUAAUUCUAUUUCGACGUCGAUCGUUAACUCGAUGUUUAUUACAAGAAGUAUUUCCUUAUUUAUUCAAUAUGAAAUCAAAUGAAUUUAUGCUCGAACCAAAUGUUUACACAACCAGUUUGAUAUUGUGUGUCCUUUUAACUAUUGAAUUUCAGGAGAAUACCAGCGAAUCGAAUGACUUGGCUUAUGUUAAACCAUGGAAAGAGUCGAACAAUGCCAUUAAACCAACGCGUGAAGAUACAAGUGUCUUCGAUGCUUUUCAUUUCUUCUUAAAUUCAUCAUCCGAUGAACUUUUUGCUAGUGAGACUCUACGACCUGUAAAUUAUUUCUUCAGCUGGUUUCAAACUAUUCUUUGGAUGUUAAGUCGACAAGUCAAUUCAUUGAAACCAUUCGUUAAGCCAAAAUUAAUUGCUCAGAUAUCGGAGUUUUUACCUAUUCAAUGUCCAAUCGAGAAGGUUCUAAGUAUGUUAGAUUUAUCAACUGAUGAAGAGACAACUUAUGCAUCGAUGGUUAUCACACGUGAUUAUUCGAAUCUACAAACAAACAAUCGACGGAAAGUGUCAAGUCUUAUACAGAAUCCACAAUUCGUCAUGGAUGAAAUAAGUUUGUCAAAAAGAACUUUUGAUAAUGUGACGAAGAAUAUUUUCUAUAUUCCGAAUAAUCUGUGA